CUUCGAUAGACCAAUUAGUUAGUACUAUCGAUUAUAUGCAACGACAAAUUCCCAUCGCUAUUGGCAACUGCAAAUGCCAUGUGCUCGCUUUAAAUUUUGUUAAUUACAGCUUUCAUCUAUUAAGAUUUAAAUAAAAUGGGCACGAAAAAGGUGAAAAUCAGUUCUGUGAAGCGUGCCGCUCACUUGAAAUCAAAGAAGGCACCGCUUAGCAAACAGCAACAACAAAAAAUAAAACAGAAACGCGAGCAGUUAAGCUCGAAACGUGAACAUGGACAAAACAUCUUCUCUCAAAAGGCGCACAAGCGUGACAAUCUAGCGCAGCGCAAGAAACACAAUAAGCAGCAGUCGCUUGGUCUGCUCCGAGAACUCGAUGCUGAUGAGGAUGGAGAUGAGCUUGGCGGGGAGCAGCUGCUGGACAACGUUGCGGACAUGUUGGACGGCGAUGAUCUGGCACUGCUGCAUGCAAACAAACGCAAGCGCAAAGCAAAGGCAGAGCCAGUGGAGGAACAGCAGCAGUCGGUGGGUCUGGAAAUGGCCUACGCAACGGCCAGCAAAAAAGAGCAGGCGGCCCAAAAGAUAAAAGUCAACUUGUUGCCCAUUAAAUCGCGCGAUGGUGAGAUCAUAACGCGAACCACAGAAGUUGACUACGUACCGAAACCAAAACGCAAGCCAGAGGUGGAGGAGGAAGAGGUAGAGGCUGAGGAGGACGAAGAGGAAGACAGCGACGCUGUAUUUGAAGACAGCGACGAUGAUGUGGUCAAUGAUGAGGCGCCCGUGCCCAAACAGAAACUGGUAUCUACCACAGAUUUGCUAAUUGCCCGACAGCAGGAAAUAGAGCGUCAAAAAUAUCGCAUAGGUAUCAUUUGUUCUGGUAUCCUGGAGAGGCCAGAGGAUAAAAUGCGGAACAUUAAUGCGCUCUAUGAGCUCAUGGAUGAGAUAAAUGCAGAAACUGGCAUUCCCAAUCUUCUCGCUGUGCGCAAACUGGCAAUCAUUUCGAUCACGGAAAUAUUUAAGGAUAUUCUGCCCGAGUAUCGUGUUGGUCAGGUGGAUACCAAGAUGCAAACCGUACGCAAAGCCACACUAGAUCGUGUUACCUUUGAAAAUGCGCUGCUGCAGCAGUUCAAGAAGUUUUUGCAGAAGCUGGAACAGCUGACUGGCCAGGUGAACAAACGUGGUGGCCAAAAGACACCACAAACCAUCAAAAUGGCCACUGUGGCAGUGCAAUGCAUGUGCGAUCUGCUAAUAGCACAUCCCUACUUCAACUACGUCCAAAACAUUGCCCAGCUGCUGGUCUAUAUGCUUAACUGCAACUAUGGAACGAUGCGUGUGGCAGUCAAUCAAUGCUUUCGCACUUUGUUCGGCAGCGAUAAGCGGCUGGACAUGACGUUGUUUAUUGUGCGUCGCAUCAAUCACCUGAUCAAGUCCAAGCAGAACAACGUGCAUGUCGAGUGCAUCACGUGCAUGAUGGGCCUUAAGAUCAAGCAUGUGAAUCUGGAUGCCGAAAAGGAAAAUGAACUGAAGCAAAAGAAAUUGGAGUCGCAUCGCCAGCGCCUGCUUAGCUUGUCCAAGAAGGAGCGCAAGCGUCGCAAGAAACUCACCGAGGUCAAUAGAGAACUAGAGGAGACGCGCGCCGAGGAAAAUAAGCAGACCAAGCACCACAAACUGACCGAAAUUAUCAAAAUGGUCUUCACUAUAUAUUUUCGUGUGCUCAAGAAUGAUCCCACGUCGCGGGUGCUAAGCGCGAUACUGGAGGGUCUGGCGGAAUUUGCUCAUGUUAUCAAUCUGGAGUUCUUUUCCGAUCUCAUAGAUGUGCUAAAUCGCAUACUUGAGGAACAGGACUUGGGUUAUCGCGAGCAGCUGCAUUGCAUCCAAACCAUUUUUGUUAUACUCUCCGGCCAGGGUGAAGUCUUGAACAUAGAUCCCAUACGCUUUUAUCAGCAUUUCUAUCGCAAUAUGUUGGUCGUUCAGGCGGGCAAGAAUCAUAAUGAUUUUGCCAUUAUUCUACGCACACUGGAUGAGGUGCUGGUUAAGAGACGGCGCAACAUGAGCCAACAGCGGCUGAUGGCCUUUGUUAAGCGUCUGCUUACAGGAAGUCUUCAUCUGCUGCACAAUGGCACACUGGCCACGCUGGGCACCAUUAAGCAGACAUUCCAGCUGACCUCGGUGCUGGAUGCGCUACUCGAUACGGACUCCACUAUUGGCUCCGGCCGCUAUGAUCCUGAACUGGAUGAUCCCGAGUACUGCAAUGCGGCGAGCACUUCGCUUUAUGAGCUCUCGCUGCUGGCGCGGCAUUAUCAUCCCACGGUGCGUCGCAUGGCUGCGCAUAUAGCCAACGGCGUGCCUGCAUCCGGUGAAGGUGCGCUGCCCACAGAUAUAGGCAAACUCAAUGCCCAUGAACUCUUUGUACAGUACGACAGCACGCAAAUGGCUUUUAAUCCCACUAUACCCCUGCCCAAGCAGGGCGAACCCAAGCUGAAAAGGGGCAGACAUAUGUAUUUACGUUCAGAUUUUAAACAGCACUAUGUAAAGUUGUUAAAAGACGCAAGGGCAAAACGAACCAUAGCCAAAAAAAAUGCGCUGCAAUUAGAUUUUCUCAGUGAACUUAGCAAACACUGAAUUUAUAAUUCAGGAGCCCAGAACCUUGAGCCCAACUGUCAGCAACAAGACGAACUAUUUCUUAAGUUUUAGAACUUUGAAAUUGUUACAGAAACAUUAAAACUGAACAUUUCAGUAGUUUACUUAAUUCUGUUCAUCUUAAGCUUAAAAUUUAAAGAACUCAAUUAACGUUUCAAGUUUCCCCUUGUAAAUAUUAAAGAAAAUUCUUUCAAACAAA